AUGCAUUUUAUGAACACCAGAGAAACGGAAGACCGAUGGGCGGAGUUUGUGCAAUUCGACGUCUUAUCGCGAAUUUCCCUCAAUCUUUGCGAUAAGAUGCCUAAGUGUUUCAUCGUUGCCGCCGCGCUCUGCGCCGCCACCCUCGCCUUCGUCGUCCCAGAUGAAGUCGCUAAACGCGAGAUGCUCACUGGAGCUGAACUCGUCGACUACGUCAACAGUGUGCAAAAGGACUUUGUUCUUGAGCACAGUGACUUGACUGUUGAGGACAUUAUGCCGAAGUUGAUGCACCCGAAGUACGCCGCUGCUCAUUCCGACGAACUCCUUGCCACCGCCGUCACCGAGGAAGCCGCCUCGAUUCCAGCGUCGUUCGAUGCUCGCGCCAAAUGGCCACACUGCAGCUCGAUCAAAUUGGUCCGUGACCAAACCAACUGCGGUUCGUGCUGGGCCUUCUCCACCGCCGAGACCAUGUCCGACCGUACCUGCAUCGCCUCCAACGGAGCCCAACAGCCAAUCCUCGCCCCAGAAGACGCGCUCUCGUGCUGCGGAUCGACAUGCGGAUACGGUUGCGAGGGAGGAUACCCAAUUGAGGCCCUUCGCUAUUGGGGCGAGACUGGUGUUGUCACUGGUGGAGAUUACCACGGAUCCGGAUGCUUGCCAUACACCAUCGCGCCAUGCAGCGGAAACUGCAAAGAGGCCUCGACACCGAAAUGCGUCAAAUCGUGCCAAUCGGGAUACUCGAAGUCCUUCUCCGCCGACAAGCACUUUGGAAAGUCGGCCUACGCCGUCGCCAAGACCGUCUCCGCCAUCCAGACUGAGAUCAUGAACAACGGACCAGUCACCGGAGCGUUCACCGUCUACGAGGACUUCUACAAGUACAAGAGCGGAGUCUACCAUCACACCGCUGGAAAGAGUCUCGGAGGACACGCCAUCAAGAUCAUCGGAUGGGGAAAUGAAGGAGGAAAGGACUAUUGGCUCGUCGCCAACUCGUGGGGAUCCAGCUGGGGAGAGAGCGGAUUCUUCAAGAUCCUCCGCGGAACCAACGAGUGCGGAAUCGAGCACGCCGUCGUCGCCGGACUCGCCAUGGUCUAA